AGACGGUUUGGCCGAAGCUGCCACAGUUGGUUGAAGGUCAUCAGAGCUCUUCUCCUUUGAGCCAUGUCGCGCUUCCUGCUGAUCCUCCUCAGUGCCGCCUUGGUGCCAAGCUCUGCCUUCGUGGCACCUGGUGCUCCUCGGCCAGCUUUGCGCUCAGCCAACCAGGUGGAGCAGAUGCAGCGAGUGGAGAUGAUUGAGGAGCCCUCCAGCUUCCCCUUCGGCGCUGUUGCGAUGGCUUCCGUGCUGGGACUCAUGGUUGGCCUCGCCAGCGGUCCUCAAAUGGCCAUGGCGCAAGAAAAAAAGGAAGCUGUGGUGGUGGAUAAGAAGGCCAAGCUGAAGGCAGAGGUGGAGAAGGCACAGGCCGCCUUUUCACAGAAUGCCAAGAGCAAGGAGGAGCGCCUGAAAGAACAAAUGAAGCAGCUCGAGGAUUUCAGCAAGACUACCACUACCAACAAGGCUUCCAACUGAGAGGCACCUUUCUUUUUUUUCAUGGAUAGAAGUCAUGCCACGGAGGAGCCAUGGUGAAGACGCUCAAAUCCCAUGCAGGAAUGUGCAUGACAAAA